AUGGAUGUUGAUGAAUGUAUCACACAAAUAAAGCACGGCUGUUUGCUGCCCGACCACACGAUUCUUGAGCUGUGUUUUCUUUCAAAGUCGUUGUUAUGUCUUGAAUCGAAUGUUGUUGCGAUAACAUCGCCAGUCACAGUCUGUGGGUGCAUUCAUGGGCAGCUCCACGACUUGCUCCAUCUCAUUGAAAUAAAUGGGCAACUUCCCGAUGUGCAGUAUCUGUUUCUUGGCAAUUACGUUGGCAGAGGCGCACAUCAAAUUGAGACAGUGUGCCUUCUUCUCCUCAUGAAAGUGAAGUACCCAGACAGAAUCCAUCUUUUGAGGGGAAACCACGAGACAUGGACAAUGUCACAGUCGUAUGGGUUGUACGACGAGUGCAUCAAGAAGUAUGGCAGCACACACUGUGGUCACUCUUCAACAGUUUGUUUGACGUUCUCCCGUUGUCUGCUGUCAUCGAC